AUGACUACGAUUACACGUAAAGGUCCUAUUGUAGACCCUGGCUUAUGUAGAUGCUGUGGUGCUACGAAGAAAUGCCGUCUUCUAAACGUUGAAUACGAGUGGCUAGGAACAAGAGAAGUGUAUUCCGAUAUGUUUGUCGAUUGCUUCGGUUUACUUUUAUCUCACUUGGAGGGCGAGGAGUCGGAGCGUCUAAUCUGUGCGACGUGUGUAGUGCGACUGAGGGACGCACGCGCCUUCAGACAACAGGUGCUGCAGCGAGAGGAAAUACUGCUCAAUGCUAAUAUUAAAGUACAUGAUGAAGAAGAUUGCUGCACCAAUACCCUAAUAUUCAAGAGUGAACUAGAAGUCAAGACAGAACCAGAAGACUGUACUCCAACUGAAGAACCUCAAGUAGAUGACCAGCUAGCUAUAGAUGAUGGAAACCAAGUCCCGGAUGUUAAUUUAGAUGUUGAAAAUGAAGGCCAGAAUUUGGAUGGUGAGAUGGAUGAUACGUACCAACCGGAUGAGGAUAUUGAAGCGGACAAUGCAAGCGAUUCGUCAUAUAAAAUCAAAAAAUCCCCAAAGAAGAAAUUAAAGACGAAAACGAAGACUAGUAAGCGGAAAAAGGUGGAGUCUGAAUGUAGGCAGGUCAAGUUGAGGAGUAGGAACGAUGAUGUACAGGAUACAGGCACAAAAUCGCUGUCGCCACCAGUAAAAAGAAACAUAGACAACGAACAAAAAAUCCUCUUUAACACCAUUACUAUAGUAGAAAAUUCAUAUGUUUGUCCGUUCAACUCAUCGUUUAGUGACUACUUCUGUAUAUAUUGUAGACAAGGACACACGGACCCAAACAGAUUACGCGAACACACACUAACACACGACCCAAAAGCAUUCAAAGACAUUGUCUCAAUAAAAAAACAAAUACAAAUCGAUAUAUUCAGAAUCGAUUGUCGACUCUGUACAAACACAAUCGAUGACCUACAAUCGUUUAAAACGCACAUCACUAGCGCGCACGGCAUAACCCUAUUUGACGUCACAAACGAAUUUUUAAAGUUCCGUUUAACUGUAAACAAUUUGACGUGUAUAGAAUGCGACAGUAAUUUCGGGUUUUUUCACGCAUUAAAAAAACAUAUGGCUGAACAUUUUGGAACUUGUAUUUGUGACAUAUGCGGCGCCCAUUACUUCGAAGAACGCAUGUUGGUAUUACACCAAAAAACUCAUAAAAAAGUCGACCUAAGUUUUCCUUGUAAAGACUGCGGUAAAGUAUUCAAAUCUAAACACAGUCGAUACUUACAUGAAGCUAAAAUGCAUAGAAAGGAACCGGCUUACCAGUGCUACAAAUGCGACUCUGUAUUCUUUACAUAUUCUCUAAGAUAUAGACACAUGAUCGACACACAUGGUGAAGAGCGAAUGUUCCCAUGCGACAAUUGUGACAGAGCUUACGACAGCCGAAAAUCUUUAAGGGAACAUAAUAGACGACAUCAUUUGAAGGUUUUAAAACAUCAAUGUGAUCUGUGCGAUAAACGGUUCUAUCUCCCGUCGCGGUUGAAAGAACAUAUGGCGACUCAUACGGGGGAGAGGAACUUCAGAUGUGAGUUUUGUGGUAAGUCUUAUCCCAGGUUAAGGGGUUUAAAUGUACAUAUACAAUCCCAUGUCAGUUUUAAAAAGUUCAAUUGCCUAAUUUGUAACGCUACUUUUACGCAAAAUUUCAAUUUGAGGAAUCAUAUGAAGAGGCAGCAUCAGAGUUUGAGCUUGGAUGAGGGGAAUGAGUAG